UAAAUGAGUUUACGCCGGAAAUAUGCUUCUCGCGUUUCAGUUCAUGUUGUUACAAGAAAUGAUUUGGUCCAUAAAGCUUGCCGUAAUUUAUUGUGUUGCAAUAUGAAGAUUUUAGGGUAAAGUUCACUAUGAAAUGUAGUUUUGUCAAAGAUCGCUUUAACAUUUCAGCUGUUUAUGAACUCUGCGUUGUUUAUCACUAGAGUAAACAAAUAUGUACAGAGCGAAAACUAUAUUCGGGCACCUUGCUCCGUCAGUGGCAACUCGGAAGUGUUCUGUUCAGAAAGUUGAUUGCAGAGCUCCAUUGGAAGAUGCUGCUGAUGAUAUUGUAGUGGUUCAUGGACGCAGAACUGCAAUAGCAAAAGCCAAACGGGGCUCUUUUAAGAACACAACCCCUGAUGAAUUACUUUCUGCUGUGAUAACUGCUGUCUUGAAAGAUGUUGACCUCAAUCCAGCAAGCCUUGGCGAUAUCUGUGUUGGAAAUGUGCUACAGCCUGGAGCUGGUGCUGUUGUUGCAAGAAUUGCUCAGUUCCUCAGUGGGAUCCCAGAAUCGGUUCCUAUAUAUUGUGUGAACAGACAGUGCUCAUCUGGCUUGCAGGCUGUAAUCAACAUAGCAGGUGGCAUCAGGAAUGGCUCUUAUGACAUUGGGAUGGCCUGUGGAGUGGAAAGUAUGACACUAAGAGAUCCUAGCAACCCGGGAGACAUGAGUCCUCGAACAUUGGAUGACGAGAAAGCUAGAAGCUGCCUUAUUCCAAUGGGAAUAACUUCUGAAAAUGUGGCUGAGCGGUUUGGGAUUACACGGCAUAAGCAGGACCAGUUUGCUUUAUUAUCUCAGCAGAGGGCAGCCAGAGCCCAGAAAAUGGGUUUAUUUCAAGCUGAGAUUGUUCCAGUCGUCACUGCCUUCAAAGAUGAUCAGGGAAAUGAGAAGACCAUUACAUUAAGUCAGGAUGAAGGCAUUCGGGUCAACACCACACUUGAAGGCUUGGCUAAACUGAAACCGGCAUUCAAAGAAAAUGGCAGUAGCACAGCAGGUAAUUCCAGCCAAGUUAGUGAUGGUGCUGCUGCAGUCCUGCUAGCAAGACGUUCUAAAGCAGUGGAACUGGGUCUCCCAGUCAUGGGUGUUCUAAGAUCCUUUGCUGUAGUAGGAGUUCCACCUGAUGUCAUGGGUAUAGGUCCAGCCUAUGCAAUUCCUGCAGCUUUGGAGAAGGCAGGGCUGACUACAGAUGACAUUGAUGUAUUUGAAAUCAAUGAAGCCUUUGCUAGUCAGGCAGUAUACUGUAUCGAAAAGCUGGGCAUACCUCUCACGAAGGUGAACCCCAAUGGGGGAGCAAUAGCACUAGGGCAUCCUUUAGGAUGUACUGGAGCACGGCAAGUUGUCACAUUGCUGAAUGAAUUAAAGCGCAGACAAAAGAGAUCAUAUGGAGUUGUCUCUAUGUGUAUUGGGACUGGAAUGGGAGCUGCUGCUGUAUUUGAAUUCCCAGGAAAAUGAUAUCUUGAAUGAAAACGUUUGGAAGACUAACUGAAACUAAUAUUAUGAAAACGAUGCUUAUCAUGAUCGAACAUUGUCUUCUUAAUCUGCUGAAUACCAUAACCUGAUCAGCCUCACAAUAGUCUGUUUUCACCUAUUUUGAAGAAGAUGCAUUAUGAUAUGAAAUGCUAAUGGAUUUAACUUGAAUGUCCAGUUAAUGAGGAUUUGCUACACUGUAUUUUCUUCACAUACGAUUAAUGCUAUUAAUUUUUGUUUAUCUGAAGUUCUAUUUCCUUUUUUGUGUAAGAAUUUUAGAUCUGUUUUAUUGCCUAGCUGUGAGGAUUAUUUUCUACCCUUUGCAUCCAGAACACUUGCAUUUCAUCUGUUGCUGUUCAUUUGACAUUGUCAUGUUUCAUGUUUGUACCACAUGCCCUUGUCGAAACCACACUUCUACAUAAGUGUUUUACAUUGCAUUGUCAUUCGCAAAGAAUGUCUGGUAGAGACAGGUGUGUUUGGGUAUCAGUUAAUUUGUACAGGUCCUACAGGUGAAGCAAAGGUUUUAAUAUUUUAGAAUUGAUGACUCAAGCAUUGGUGUGAUAGUAGCAGUCAAGCCUUCAUCCCUUGCCUCCUUAAAUUGCUCAUUUUAUAACAUUUACGUGACAUACCACUCGUCUGCUUAAGGGCAGAACAAAUGUUUAGUAGUAAAUCCUGUGGUCCAAGGUUACUCAUUUUCAGCCAUUUAUUUCUGUCCAGAGCUGAAAGUUCGGUGUAUGGGAGCAGAUAAGCUUGCUAGUCAUGUGGGCCACCUCCCCCAACUCUUCCCACAGUGGCCAGUGGCUUCAAGACUCUCUUAUGCGAGAGGCAUCAGUUCCUGUCUACACAUGCCCCUGGAAUGCCUGGGUUGUGUGUUACAUGAGCCACACUGUCCCAGUAGAUGCUACAAUCCUUGAUAACAGAGUCAGAAAUACAGUGGGUCAUAUUGCUCCCCACUCCAGGAUGGGCUGUCCAGCAGCUGCUGACACCCACCUUCCCUGCCUGAUUCUUCUAUCACCAAGCUGCUAACAAAACUGAGGUUAUUUGUGUUAUGCAAAGGGCUUUCUUUAUUCCUCUUUGUCAGAGCCAGGCAGUAGCUGUUUUGCACUAUUCCAUUCUACCAACACUGUUGACAGAGUUUGUUCUGUUACUGUCAUUGUAUAAUUUGCUCAUGCUUUCUGAAUGUGUGGUCCCUAACUUCUUAUAGCAGAUGAGCCUUAUUUACUUGCUGAAGUGCACCACAGACCAAGAUAGUGGAGUACUAUUUUCUGUUGUCUUUUACCUCAAGUAAGGGGUACCUCCGACUGGAAACUCAUUGGAACUACUGAAGUUAUGGAAGUUUCACCAUAGUGAGUAGCAAACUGAGAACAUGAGAAAUUUUAUGGUAAAAGUUGUUAAAAUGUAACAAUGUGUGAAACUCAGCCUGAUUAGAGUGUGACUUUUUUAAUUUGACAGCAGUAAAACAUUUCUCAUUUUCUUUUUGCACAGCA